AUGGACUCGCUCACGACUCACCCGUCGAACGCGCAGCAGGCUCGAGCCUUCACCUCGCCCUCGUCGCUUUCUUUCCCUGGCGGUGCGGGCGAUUUGACCCCACCUGCUUCUGAGAAAGAGGCCCAGGCCCAGUUGGCCGCGAAUGGGAUGAUGAACGGCCAGCAGCAGGCUGGAGGAAAUGCCGCCAACGGCAACGGGGUGACGCCCGCUACUCCAGCCGCAACCCCUGGAGCGACCACGGGAAGCAGUGGCAUUGUCCCUACCUUGCAAAACAUCGUGGCUACCGUCAACUUGGACUGCCGCCUGGAUCUGAAGACCAUCGCACUACAUGCGCGCAAUGCCGAGUACAAUCCUAAGCGUUUCGCCGCCGUCAUCAUGCGUAUCCGUGAGCCUAAGACCACGGCGCUGAUCUUCGCCUCCGGCAAGAUGGUCGUCACCGGUGCCAAAUCGGAGGACGACUCCAAGCUGGCCUCCCGCAAAUACGCGCGUAUCAUCCAAAAGCUCGGCUUCAACGCCAAGUUCACGGACUUCAAGAUCCAAAACAUCGUCGGCUCCUGUGAUAUCAAGUUCCCUAUUCGCCUGGAGGGUUUGGCCAGUCGCCAUCACAAUUUCAGUUCCUACGAGCCUGAGCUGUUCCCGGGUCUGAUCUACCGUAUGAUGAAGCCUAAGAUUGUGCUCUUGAUCUUCGUCAGCGGUAAGAUUGUCCUGACUGGCGCCAAAGUGCGUGAGGAGAUCUACCAAGCCUUUGAACUGAUCUAUCCUGUGCUCUCUGACUUCCGCAAGGUUUGA